ACAGGGAGGAUCAACACUGCAACGCCAGCGGAGCCAAGAGCCUGAGCCCGAGUCCUCCCACAGCACGGGUGCAGACCUGAGGACACAGGGAGCAGACAGUCGGUCCAGCUGCAAGAAAUACCAGGAGCUUCAACAGGACUGCACAUCUGGACACACAGACCAAAAAUAUCCCCAAUAAGAAGAAGCAAAACCAGAAGCGAAGAUGAAGUUGUUAGUCACCCUCGCCCUCGUUGCAGCGCUCGGUGUUAAUGCGGUUUGGUCACGAAGGCGGCCCAAACAGAGAGAGGAGACCUGUCUGUCCGGGGACGGGAGCAGUUACAGGGGCUCCGUUUCCGAGUCGGUGAACGGCCACAAGUGUCUCAACUGGGACCUGUUUGAAAACCCAUGGGGAGCUUCACAGGGUAUUGGCAACCACCGUUACUGCAGGAAUCCCAACCACAGCCUGAUGCCGUGGUGCAGAGUCAGGAGGGGAAGGAGAUAUAGUCGAGAGUUCUGCAACAUUCCCAAAUGCCCCACUUCGGUUACAGGCGUGGAUACAGAGCUGACGUGCGGAGAGAGGACGGAGCGGAGGAUGCACAAAGUGGUGGGCGGCUCCUUCACACCCAUAGAGUCCCACCCAUGGGUGGCUGCUCUCUUUCGUGGACGCAGCGCGUUCCUCUGCGGCGGCUCUCUCAUUGCGCCGUGUUGGGUCCUCACGGCUGCGCACUGUUUCUCCAAUGUUGAUGUCGCUGCGGCCCGGCGUCUGUCUGUGUAUCUGGGGAAGAGUGCCAUCAAUGCCACCGAUAAUCACCGGGAGCAGCGCUUUAAUGUGGAAGAAGUGAUAAUGCACCCAGACUUUGACGAAAACACCUUCAACAAUGACAUCGCGCUGCUGAGGAUCAGAGAUGCCGCCGGACGUUGUGCCGUGAAGUCCGCGGCCACUCGGACCGUGUGUCUCCCUCCGGCCCGCACUCAGCUGCCCGCGGGGUUUCAGUGCAGCAUCGCGGGAUUUGGGAGAGAGCGAUACGACUCGUGGCAUUACUCGCAGCUCCUGAAGCAGGCCGAGGUCAAGCUGGUCUCCCAGACCAAGUGUCAAAGCAGCUUGUACUAUGGCGAUCGAAUCACUGGGAACAUGAUCUGCGCCGGGAGCCCUGACUGGAGCACAGACGCCUGCAAGGGCGACUCCGGCGGCCCGUUGGUGUGUGAGGUUUCAGGUCGGAUGUUUCUGUUCGGGGUGGUGAGCUGGGGCGACGACUGCGCCAAGAAGAACAAACCCGGUGUUUACGCACAGGUGACCGGCUACAACGAGUGGAUCGCACAACAAACAGGGCUGUCACAGUUCACACGAGGAGUAAUGUACCCCAUUAAAUGAACCUGAACCCAUUUCGUUCAGUAUAUUUUAUUGUAUAUAUUUUAUAAUACUUUUCAAUAUUAAUAGAGAGGCUAUUAAAGACAAGCUACAAUUUAUUAUAUUGAAGGAUUGUAUUUAAUAAUUUCUGUUGUACCAGGCUGGCCCUGCUUUUUAAUAUUUUUUAAUAAAUAAACCUUUUGUACGUAUUAGA